AGCAAUUGAAGAAUUCAUUUAUCAAGUAGCUAGUAAGAAGCUCAAGGUUGUAACACAAUGGUACUUGGGAAAGGUGCAUCAAGUUCACUGAGCAGAAAAAUGGUUGAUGGAGCUGAAGACAUGGUUAGUAAUUGCAACGAUUUCACUGUGCUAGUUGUUGAUGAUGAUCCUGUCAUUAGGAAACUCCAUGAUAUGCAUCUUAAAAAGUUUGGACUAAGUGCUCAGGUGGUUGAAAAUGGAAAAACGGCUGUUGAUCUUUGCCAUUUUGGAGCUACUUUCAAUCUCAUUCUAAUGGACAAGGAAAUGCCUAUCAUGGAUGGUGUUGAGGCAACCAAAGAGUUGAGAGCUAUGGGGGUGAAUAGCUUGAUCGUGGGGGUGACUUCUCGUGACUCGCAGUAUGAGACGCAAGCAUUCAUGGAGGCAGGUUUGGACUUUUGCUUUGAGAAACCAUUGACGGCUGAUAAGAUCAGUUUUAUUCUCCAAGAGCUUAACAAGAAGAAUUGAUCAGUUUGGUUGAAGAUAUUUGACCAUAUAUGUUACUCCUUUAGUUUAUACACUAGAACUGUCCCCGUGUGUUACGUUCGGGUCAAAUAAAAGACUGCAUAAUGACUUAGAGUUGUUGGUACCGAAAGAAGUGUUUAUAGAAGUAUCUAUGCACAAAAGUUGUUAUAGUUUUG